AGUAUAACAACACACUACUCGCCAUCCCCAGGGACGCCAAGGGGUCACCAAACAUCCCCCCAUAAAGUGUGUUCAUUUGCCGCAAGGCACAUAUAGUUUCCCCUGCAACAGGCGACGUGAAUACACCCGCAAGGCAUUGUGCUGUACCCUACACGGAGACGCUUGGGCUCACUUGUGCCGCUCUAGGGAUAAUUAGUGGACCCUAAAUGAGCAACACUGGCUAGAGUACCACCACUAUCUGUCUCACUUUAAACCCGUCCGCCUUCACCGUCACAGCAACUGUCAUCUUUAUCGUCCUGCUCCGCGCUCCGUCAGCCCCUAUAGUCAUUGUGACGUGAUUCUUACGCUAAAUUAUAUAUAUAUCAACUUCCACCAUCCUUCCAUCAUCCUCCAUCUCCAACACAGUUUAGUGUUUGUUGUUAAGAAGUCCCUGUUAAGUCAUGUGGCCUCUCCUCUCUCAGCUUUCUCGGGUUCAUCUGAGGCUACGGACCUCUCUGCUUGCUUCACGGAAUUUGACGACCAGUUGCUGUCAUCAGCUGGACAACCGUGUGAAGGCAACACAAAACACACUCUAUGAAUUGCGCACAUAUACUUUGUAUCCGGAGAAGAUGCGGGAGUUCCUCACCCUGACGGAAGAACACCUCCACCUGCGUACAGCUCACUCCAAGCUCCUAGGCUACUGGACGUCAGAGAUCGGAGGGCUCAACCAAGUUGUCCACAUCUGGGAAUACGAGAGUUUGACCCACCGAGCUGAGGUGAGAGCCAGGCUGGCCGGUGACCCGGAGUGGCUUGGUCGCUACGUCAGUUGUGUCAUAGGGAUGUGGCAGCAGCAAGACAACGUGCUCCUCGCCCUCCUGCCGGGCACCGCCAUCAAGCACCCGUCUGGCAAAGGUGUGUACGAACUGCAGACACUACACAUGAAGGGCCCUCGCAGUGCGUGGUGUGAGGCUCUGGUGAAGCAUGUGAGGGUGUGUGAGGAGGCAGCGAGGGAGGGCAGGUCGCGAGCAGUGGGUGUAUGGAGCUCCUUACUGGGCCCCACACACAUGGCAGCUGUCUUGUGGCAACACAACACCCCGGACUGCUGUCUAGCGCUCAAGGCCGCUGCCGACUCCCUUGUAGACAUGACAUUGUCUUCUCACGUACAUAGUGGUCACAGCAAGCUGCUACUUCCCCAUGCUGUCUCCAGCCUCCAGUGACCAAGAGCUUCUCAUCUCCGUGUAUAUCUGACCACAGUCUCUCAACCCUACACAAACAAGCCAGCUCAAACGACUUGUUUGACUUAAAGCAGCAUCUCCAAUAACUUGUGUCAUUAUGCUGUUAAACCCCCAAUACUUGUCUAACACUGCGAGGCAGCACCAGCUACCAAGCUUAUUCUUCAGAUAUGAUGCGUGAACCAUUUCCCAAUUUUUUUUAUAUUUAAACAGUUUAUUCUGUAUAAAUAAAGCUAUAUACUGUA